AUGUCAUGGACAUGUGAAAAGCUACUGUGUGUGACUAAGGUGAACAUAGAGCAAGUUGCCACUGUUUUCAAGCCCUCACAGAUCCAUCCUUCCGCGACGACGGAAGCUGUGGAGACGGCAGUGGAGCUUGGCAAGUGGUUCCACGCGAGUUUCCAGAACACUGUUGGGGCUCGUGCGUUGGUGAGCGAGUUCAAGACUGAGCGCAGCAACAUGAUUCUCUUACCUCGUCCUUGCGUGAAAGAAGCUGCCGGCCUCAUUUCGCAUGAGACGCGUGCGCAUGUGAAUAUUGCAGCUGCAUUGGAGUGUCUUUCUUUGAAGACUUGGACCUUGAAGGCUUUCGCCUUGAAUGCAGAGCACACCGCGGCACAAGUGCGGGCCAGACUUCCAGACCUUUUGAUUUUAGCGAUGAUGGGUUUCGUCGUCAUGGGCUGCGGCCGCUACGCUCUAGUUGGGUAUGCCGAGGAUGACGAGGAUUUUGUCAUUUGCUGCAACAGGCUCACUAGUUGGGAUGCUGAAGCUGAUCUUGCUGCUGUCCGGUCUUGGGUACCAACCAGUGGAGCAGAGAAGCCGAAGCUGGACCAGGAUGCAUGUGAUGAUGCCAUAUCGUGCAUCCACCGUCUUCUGCGGGGGGAAGCUGCAAAUGUGGAUGGAUGUCGAGAUGUGUUCAUGGUGGAUCCUCUCGUGCCUACGCAAGCGUGCCCGGCGCCAGAGACGGCAGUUCCCUUGACGCAGGAGGCUGUGGACGAUCAGGCCCCGCCAGCAAAGAGGUUGCGGCGAGAGAAAGACUUGUGUCGCGAUGACUUCUCCAGCAAUGUUCCUUUGGCAAAGAACAUACUUCUGUACCUACUGAAGUCAGCAGCCUCAAGGGUGACUGCGCGGGUGAUACUGGAUGUCACAAAGCUGAGGCAGUGUGCUCAGGCAGAGGAAUUGGAAGCGAUGGCUCGCAAUGUGUUUCGCUUGGGAGCUGAGGCAGGGUUGGCUUCCUUAGGCCCUCAAGGUGGCACCUGGACUGGCGUAAAGCCGCCUCCUGAGCAUGAAGCCGCAGUUGUGACACUUCUGCGAGAGCUGUUUGAGAAUAACAUGCAGGGGGUGGAACCAGCUAUAAGGAAACGUGGAGUGGCAGAGAUCUUUGACAUGGGUAAGUGUGAAGCUGCUUUGGCAUUGUUACGCUAA